AUGGAUAUGAUGCGACGUUUUCCGCUUCUUUUUGCGUUCUUUUUCUGCAUCGACCGCGUAGCAUGUUUGGAAGCCGCCGGUGUCCACAAUUUGUCAUUGAUGUUUAACAACAAGCCGUCAAAGAACUGGGUUGUCCUCGUCGCUGCUUCCCACACUUGGGUAAAUUAUCGACAUCAAGCGAACGUUUAUCACGCUUAUCACAUGUUGCGUGCAAACAAAAUUCCAGCAGAGAAUAUAAUUACCCUCGCCUACGACGAUAUUGCCAACAAUCCCAAGAAUCCGUUCAAGGGCAAAGUGUUCCACGACUACGAGCACAAAGAUGUUUACGAGGGUGUGAUAAUUGACUACCGUGGAAAAGACGUCAAACCAUAUAUCUUCACGAAAGUAAUGACAGGCGAUAAAAGACUUGAAGAAGAAGGGAAGAAGGUGCUGAAAAGCGGUCCUGAUGACAACCUUUUCAUCUACUUCUCUGGCCAUGGUUUCCGCAAUUUUGUUACGUUCCCGGAAGGACAUCUCACUGUUGCGGAAUUGAACGAUAUUCUCCUCCACUUGCAUGCAAAGAAAAAGUAUAACAAACUCAUGUUUUACAUGGAUGCUUGCUACUCUGGCUCCAUGUUCAUGGGUCUUAUUCCUCCAAAUGUGGGAAUCUACGUGACAACAUCAGCCAACGAGAACGAAGAAAGCUGGGCUGUUUUAUGUGAGGAUAAGCGAAUCGGUGUUUGUCUAGCGACCGAAUACUCGUAUGCCUGGAUUACCGAUUCAGAACACAGUGACCUGAAAAAGCGUACACUAGAACAACAAUACGAGGAGGUGAAAAAGAGGACAGCAGCUAGUCACGUGAUGAAGUACGGUGAUAUGGCGAUGGGAAGUCUCCCAGUUGGAAAGUUCCAAGGUCACUAUGAUCUACUGAUGCAGCGAAAUGAUGUGGUCAAAGCACCGAAAGUUGCAGAUAGGAAACCAGCUCCCCGUGUGCAUUUGUUUUCAAUAUCUCGAUGCCUGAUAGAGGCGGCAACCGAGGAAGAACACGAAACUGCUUGGCGAAACCUUCAACGUGCACUUCAGCUUCGCCACGUCGUCAAGGAGACGUUAUACGACAUCGUCAUGGAUGUGAUGAUCCACCAUAAGCCGACGGUAAAGAGCUUGUCCAGGAGGGAUGAGCUCAGGUGUUUCAAGGCAGUAUUUGGCCAUUUCCAGACGCGAUGCUUCACAAUUCAGCAGUUUCCAGAGGUAGCUCAGUACACAGUUCAUCUAAUGGAGCUGUGCGAAGCUGGGUACGAGGCCGAAACCCUCAUCGAGUCGGUCCACAGCGUAUGCUGCUAA